GGGAGCAUUAUUCCACAUUAUACCUGGCCCGCGAGAGAGAAGGGCAGGGGAGGGGCUUUUUGUCCUCGAACCCGCCCGGGGCGGGCGUGACGGGAGCCAGGUAGAGAGCUGGGACCACGGGGCACUAUGAAUGAAGAGCAGUUUGUUAACAUUGACUUGAAUGAUGAUAAUGUUUGCAGCGUGUGUAAACUGGGAACAGAAAAAGAAACACUUUCAUUUUGCCACGUCUGUUUUGAGUUAAACAUUGAAGGGGUACCAAAGUCCAGUCUUCUACACACAAGAUCAUUAAGGGGGCACAGAGACUGCUUUGAAAAAUUCCAUUUAAUAGCAAAUCAGGACUGCCCGCGGUCAAAACUCUCCAAAAGUACCUAUGCAGAAGUAAAAAGUAUCUUGAGCAAAAAAAUUAACAGGAUUAUACAGUAUGCACAAAACAAAGAUUUGGAUUCUGAUUCAGACAGCACAAAAACUUCUCAACACCAGCUUUUUAACGUCAGACAUCAGACAGACAGAAAACUGCUUCCACAAUUUGACUCCCAAGUACCCAGAUACUCUGCAAAAUGGAUAGAUGGAAGUUCUGGGAGUAUCUCAAAGUGUUCGCAAAGUAUUUUGGAACAAAAAGAAUCUACUGAUUUCAGACUUGAUAUGUUGCAAGAAACAGGAGCUACAUUCUGUUGCAAGAGUGUUUUAUGGCCUAGUUGCAACCAAGCAUCGAAGACAGAAAAAGCUAAAAGUGAUUCAGAUGCCAAUGCCCAAAGACAACAUCCCCGAUACAGCAGGGACGAAUUGAAUAUGAUGACUUCUGAAGAGGUAGAGCAACUGAAUGAAAAACUCCUCAAGCAAAUCCAGGAUGUUUUUGAAGAGCUGACUCGGGAAGUGCAAGAAAAGGAUUCUUUGGCCUCAGAACUCAACGUCCGCCACAUUGCUAUUGAGCAGCUGCUUAAGAACUGUUCCAAAUUACCAUGUCUACAGGUGGGAAGAGCAGGAAUGAAAUCAAAUGUCCCCAUGUAAGAUCCUCAUUCCAUUUACAAGUAUUAACUUUCCUUAACAGUUCCAUUAAAUAAAGCUGCACAGACUUCUAGGAGCUUUUGGGGAAAUGAUGAACAAAAUUUUUCUUCAAACUUAAAUAAAAUUUGUAUGCAACAGCUUUUGGAUGCUAACAAAUGCAAGUGUUUAGAUGUUAAAAUCUACUGCUUUCGUUCACUCUGGACAUAGUUUUUCAUGCACAAUUGGCAGUGUCCCCUGAAGCAGGUGUUAUGUCUUACUGAUACAGAAAUAUUUGUUCAAUAACAGAAUGACCAAGAGAGCUUUACAAGGAUAGCAGUAUUCAUGAAAUUCCUUAUUUAUUAUGAGCAAUAUUUUAUUAUUGAAAUUUUAUACUGAACAAAAGUUACUAUUUUAGGUACUUUUUCAAAUCUCUUUAUAAAAUGUUUGAAUGAUUCUGUGUAACAUUUAUGCCUUGUGUAUGGUACUUUCAUGAUGCAGAUGUUUAAAAAAACCCUGUUUUCUAAAGACAAAUUUAUUUCCCAUUAAACAAAUUGUGAUGGUGUAUCACUUUUUAGCAACUUUAUAAUUCAAGAAAGUGAUUUCAUCAGGCAUGGAUUGUAUCUUCCGGUAGAAUAAACUUAAGCACAGCACCUCUUUUUUGAAAUUCCAUAUUAUGGUUUUAGUGUAUGGAGUUGAUUUUUGUAUAUGUGAAAUAUUUUUCAAUGCUUAAUAAAAGUAUAUGGCUUCAAAGAAACUGAAUAAACCUGAAAUACCUCA